AUGGGCGUGAUUACAGCUGUUGAACCUUCCCCUCCUCCCCCUGCUCCCCCCAGCGAUGUGAGCAACAACAGCCUGUACGGGCGCAUCAACCGCAACUUCAAGAGCAUGGUGGCGGAUAGCGAUGCGCUCAUCAACUUGGCUCACAACUUCUUCUUCGGCGAUGCGCUGCUCCUCGCUGCCGGCUGCCAGGUCUGCCCUGCCGAGAUCACCCAACCCAACAACCUCGUCCUGGGGGACACGGGCGACGGCGCUGUUGGGAAAUGUGCCAGCAGCUUCACUGCCGUGCGGGAUUACUCGGUGGCGGGGGCAGGCAAGGAGGCGAGGGUGAGUGUGGCGGGCAACUGCCUGACGCUCAGUGCGGACGCGGAGUGCUCGGCCAACGCCACCCAGCGCAGCACGGCAGCCUGCCAGGCGUUCUGCAGCAUCACGGACAACGGCCCGUGUGACGGCCAUGGGGAGUGCGUGCCGCCUGCCCCCGCCUUGCCCUUCAACUUCACCUGCCUCUGCCAUGCCGGCUACUCUGCCCUCGACUCAGCCAACGGCUCCACCUGCGCCGUGGUCAACUCCACCACCACCACUGGUGAGCCUAUCUGCACUUGCGCACUGACAUGGUGGUUAGAGUUCAUUCUUAGAACUGUGCGGUUGUCAACUCUACAACGACCAUUGGUGUGCCUAUUGCACUUGCACACUAACAAGGUGGUUAGAUUGUGUUUUAGUGCAGGCUUACAUCACCCGCUGCGUCUUUGUGUUGCACUCCGACCCAUCUUUGACAGCAACAAGUGCUUUUGUGAUUUCCUCCUCCCUUCUUCCUCCGCAGUGUCCUCGCUCUCCACGGGCGCCAUAGUGGGCAUUGCGGUGGGCUGCUUUGCUGGCUUCGUUCUGCUCGCUGCCGUGCUCACAUGGCUGCUGUGGCCCCGCGGACCAAGUGAGACCCCCAACCUCGCACCCAUGCCGAGUCACUCUUGCACUCCUGCACUACUCUUUAGCUGCUGCAUCCCUGCCUCCAUUCUUCCGCUCCUGUCUCUCCCACCACCUCUCACUCGCCCCAUGCUUCAUCAUGUGGCCGACUUCGGGCUGCUCAAGCGCCUCACCCACGGGGAGGGCGACGCAACCAGAGUGGCGGGCACUCCCGGCUAUGUGGAUCCUGAUUACAACCGCACACGCAUUGUCACCACCAAGAGCGAUGUCUUCAGCUUUGGCAUCGUGCUUCUGGAGCUGCUAACUGGCUCGACGCCGAUUCGCUACGAGUCACACAUCAGAGAUUGGGCAAUACAGAAGGUGGAGGCGUAUGCGCUGGAAGAGCUCAAGGACAGCAAGCUAGCGGCAAGCGAGGAGGCCAUAGUGGCCUUUGCGGACCUCGCUCUGGACUGCGUCAAGAUGCCGGGCACACGGCGGCCUGACAUGAAGGCGGUGGCUCACUCCCUCAGCGCCCUCAUUGACAAGUUCUGCCCUGACAAGGAGCCAUGCGAACUAGUGGAGAAGCUCUCAUCCUUGGGGAGCCAAUCCAGCCAGUCUGCAGUUCUCUCUAGUGGGUCUGUAGAGCACAGUAGCACCAAUCAGAGUGGCAGCUCAUCCAAUGGCCUUGGUUCCAGGUUCCGUGUGCUAGGCAGCUGGAUGCAGCAUCGAUUUUCAGAAGGCUAUUAA